GGAGGUGUGGUCUGCAUUCUGUGGAAAAGGGUGUAGGAUUAUUUGAUCAGCUGCAAAUAACUGUAGGCCAUUUCUUAUGGAAAAUGAGAGGAAACUGGCAAAAUGACAUUGUUGAGAAGUUGUGAAAAUACUUUUGUGCUCAGAGACUUCAUUUGCUUUGAAGUAGGUUUGGCAUUGCACAGUUCCUCAAAAUAGGAAGUGCAGUGUGGUCUGCAUUUCAUUAUUUGCUUGACUGGGUAUUUUACUCCUGGGGGAGAAGUAAAGCAGUGCAGGGCCUUACCUUCUGCAUUACUCAUUGCCAAAAAGAUAAAGGGCAUUUCUGGUUUUAAAACUCUUUGGUUUGGGUGUAGGGUUUUUAAUUUUUUUUUUCUUUUGAGAGAGACCAUCCUUAUUUUUCAGAAAUGAGACUUCCUUGUUCUCUCUCAGCUCUCCUGGUCCUAUUUCUAUUUUCAUCCUCUUUUCCCAUCUUUGUGCUUUUUAUGUCAUCUUGUGUAUCUGUGUUUCAAUCUGAUUUUUAGAUAGGACAGCAUUAUCUAUGAUGCUGUGUGCUGAAUGAAACUUCUUUGUCACUUUCCAUUGAGCACAGGACUCUGAAUCCAAAUCCCCAUAAAAAUCCUACGACUGCCAGAGCGUUACCAAGUAGCAUUACCUGUGCCUGUGUGGGAGUGCUACUGGAUCUGUGGCAGAGUAAGAAUACAAUAAAAAGGGAAUUAAAGCUAAUGAAAGAAGUGGUUCUGCACAAGCCAAACCCUUGGUUUUAAUUAUAUGCUUCGUCCAUUUCAAAGCUGAUAAAUGAAACCUUUUGUGAAUAUGCUGAAUGAUCCUCAUUUGAGGUAGGUAUCUUUAAGCUGUGGCCUCUGACUGUUGUCUGUGUGCAGGUAUUUUGGGUAAUGGCUCUGUAAGCUCUAGUGAAAAAUCUGUGACUUCCUGCUUGUGUCAGGCUUGUCAUUAUCAUAUUUAGUUCUGCUUGGUUUCAAUGAUUAACAUCCAUUUGAUGAUACCGUCUUUCAGCACUAAAUCCUGGAGAGCAAAGAGGAAGAACCAGUAUGGUUGCACACCUGGGUGUAUUCCCUGUGUGUUGGAUAUGCAGGAUGAGAGGUGACUGGGGAACAGAGCUGGGCUGGUUUGCUUUUGGGAAACAGCCAGUGAGGUAUGUUGCGUGGAGGUGAACGAUUCACCCAAAGGAAGGAUCUUGGGAAGGCUAAUCAGGGGGUAUUUUGCCGAAAGGUUGGGCCUCCCUUUUGUUUUUGGUGAAACAGGAGCUGCAGGGAGGCUCCUGCCCUCCUGUGACCCUGACAGUGAAAAUAGGUCUAGGCCAGCAGAAACUCUCCUGUUCUCUUCUCUCUUCCUCCCAGAAACUGGGAGCAUGGUUUUACACAUUUAUUAUGCUCUUCGGCCUCAGUUAUACUGAAUAGCCACAUGCCCAAUACAGUUUUUCCCAUGAUGUUCCUUGACAUCACUUGGGAAAGCCAUUUCUUCUACCGCAUUGGUUAAUUGAAUUUCUAAGGCAUAUGUCACCUGCAGCUGUGAAUUCGUUAUUGACAGCUUCUGUUCAUGGCAACACUGACAAGUUAAGCCUUCCAGUCUGAAUAGACAAGCAGAUUCACUGCAGAGUGAAUUAAUCCACUGGAUAACUGUGCAGUGACUCACUUUGCAUUCACACAAAGAUGUUGAAUGGCUCCUUCCCCUCUUCCCCAAAUAAAAACCUUCACUUUCAAACAUCAUCCCCUUCUCUUUAAGGCAUUUUUCCAAACUUACUGUGAGAAGACUUAAAAAUAUAACAUACGUGAAGCUUAGAUGUAUUCCUUUUCUUAAUGUGCCAGGUUUUACCUCUCUGACUAGCCCCUAAACAAAGAUGCUUUUAAAGCUGUUCUCUCUUUUUAUGUCUUUAGGAGAGCCACAGCACCAAAAGAGAUCCUUGUAUUACCUCUAUUGACAAAGACUGUGAUGUCUUCAAGGGAAUUGGCUUGACGGCAGCACCGAGAUGAAGUUAGGCUGCCUUGAGAGAGAGUGUUUAUAAAGCCUAAAGCAUUACCAAGCGCAUAGUGUCUGAAGGAAUGUACAGGACUUGAUGCUCACUGAAGAUUUGGCUUUGUUUUCCUAGCCGUUUCAUAAAGUUAGCAAGUAGCUCCUUUUAUCUCAAUGAGACAUCAAUGGACUCUCCUCUUUCACCUGCAAAUGAAGAAGCAAAUAGGGAAGCAACCAAUUUUUAAAACAAACAAAAACCAAAACUACCGAUAAUCAAUUAAAAAGCCCAGACGUAUUAAGUCUUUUUGGUAAUACUGUAUUAUCCUGACGCACAGGGUACAUACAAAGAUCUCUGCAUUCAAAAUGGGAUUGCUGUCAUCAAAUUCUGUUCACCUCAGUACACAUUUAUGAACAGUCACCCGUUAAAACAUGAUCGGUGCAUAGUAUAUAGAAAUAACUAAAUACCUAGAAAGAAGCUUGGAUGACAAAAAUAAAAAGUCCACUUUAGAUAAAUAAUUUUUCACUGACGUCUGUUCACAGCAGCUCUUCUUCUGGCACUAGUGGUCAGACAGGUGCCCUGUAAACUAGAAAUAAAUGUGUUGCUGUAAUCCCGUAUUCUUUAAAAAUGAAAAUCUUGAAAAAUAUAUAUAGCGAUGCCAUUUGGUCAUACCUAAUGAAUACAAGAAUAUUUAGCAUUAAGCUACUAUCAUCUUCUUUCUACCAACCCUAUACCUAUUUGUCAUGUAUUGAAUAGGAUGGAGAUUAGUGAUAUGGGGUUUUUUUCUGCCUUAUGUGAUUGGAGAAGGAUUUCCUUACUUCAGUGUGCAAAUUUGUUUGUUUGUUAGUAUGUGACUGUUAAAGAAGCAGAUCAAAUGCUGAUGACAAUUGUUACUACUAGAUUUUUAAUGUUUGCUUGUUGCCUCUGUAGCAAAGCGUGCUCUGCAAGAGCUGAAGGAUGAGGGCAUAUGGGGCAAGGAGCAGGUGGCUGGCUCAAAAGCCAAAAGGACAUCUUGUAUUGUUACUUCAGUUGAACCAUACUCUGCUGUUCAGAGUUCAUGUGUCAGGCUGCAGAAGUCGUAAAUUAGCAGUAGUCUUGUUCAUCUUCCUCUUUGUGAUGCUUAGAGAAGGCACAUUCAGGUCCAGUGUUCAACUAGUGACUCAGCUGCAAGUCUUUCCAGGUUUGAGAUCCUUGCUUGUUCACUGUGCUCCAAGGUGUGGGCUUGGCUUUUCUGCAGAAUACUAUUAGAGGAUUUUUUUGUUUGUUUUGUUUUUCAAAAGAGAUGAAUAAUGCGUAGUGCGACAUUUAGCCCUCAGGCCACCAGUUGGGUAGUUUGUGUUCUUGUUGCUUGGAAGUCCAACUAGGGAGCAUCAGUGUGAGGAAAGGAAGAGGGAACCUGCAUCCGCCUGGAGCGUGUGGUGAGGAGGGGAAGGAGAAGAUGCCAAGAAAUGGGGUUUCUGAGAGAGUGGUUGAGUCCUUGCCAGCUUCUCCCAUCAGGUAUGGAUGGGCUUAGCUCUUUGGCUUAAACCAAGCCCAUCUUCCCGCCACAGAGUGUCUGUGGGCACCAUUGCAGAACAUUUGUCCAAAUUUGGUUGGUAAAUCCAUCACUUUGCAAAGCAACAGGAGACUGAGAAAGAGUAGUUAGAUGGGGAUUUCAAAUCCUGCAGAGAGCAAGAGCAGGAUAGAUAAGGUACAUAAACUGUCUUGCAUCUUUCCAGAUGACUUUAGAAGUUAGUGUGUCAUCUGAAGUGCUGCAAGCAACUUGGGUUUAAAUUAGCUGCCACAGCAUAUUAAUCACUGGGAAGUAUUUUGGUUGAGGUAUUUUAGGUUGUUGUUCUUCCUAUGAAGGGCAUGUGAUCAGCCAUCCUUACCAGAAUGAGUUAUGAUUCCAGCACAGCAUUUAGAUCAUUGCUUUUCUCUUUGGUAACUGUGAAGAGUGCUGUUUUUAAAAAGAGGAGACAAAAAAACCCAAGCAAACACCCAACAAAAGAAAACCAUAGUCCUCUGCAGUUUGCGAAGUCAGGAGCCACCAAGCUGAAUUUAAGGAGAACUUAAGAGCACUUCUGUUGUCACCAUUGCUGUGGAGAACAAAAUUAGUGCUUGUUAAAUGUUGUGUAUGUAAACAGCCACUUCUUUUCUGCAAUAACCCAUUUGAUAUCAGUGGCCGCACGUCAAUGAGUAAAAUGCACAUCCAGCAAGAGUAUGUAAGAGUAAUUUUGCAAACCUUCCUGUGUACAAUGGGGACAAACACACACAACAAUUACGAAGGUAAGUGAAUAAUUGUCCAUAGAAACAGAUGUAGUUAUGCGGAAAAAGUGUUAUUGAAGUGAAAUUGAUAACCCUGUCUUCAAAGCAGAGUGUUUGUUGUGGGCUCUGGUAAGUGAAGCAAGAAGCAAUAGUUUGGAAUUGAGGGGGAAAAACAGCAAGUGCUGUAAGUUACUCUGUCAAGCUCUGUCUAACACAACAAAUCGCAAAACGUAUAUAUGACAAAUUCUCACAUUUCUCCUGAGCGCUUGGCGUUGUCAGGUUAAUAUUCUUGAAACUCAGGGCAGCAGCAAUGUGUGGAUCAGGACAAGUGCCUAAGUACGUAAAAGCAUUAAAUUGCAUGUGCUCAGUGCCUUGUGAGCGAGUAUGGAAAAUUUCAGUCAGAUGGUUUUGCUGGAUCCCUGAGGUUUCCUAACUCUUUUUCAAGCUGGAAUUGUCUGUUGCCAACUACGUGAGUUUGUAUGGGCUGGAGAGAGUGAGGGGAAGGUAGCUGUGCCGCUGGGGCUGCAGUUAGGUUAGGGUAGCUGUGGUCUGAGGGACAGCACAGAGUUUGUGGUGCUGUUUGUUGGCAUUUGCUGCUGCUGCCUGUGUUUCCCAGGGAAGGAAAGAAGCAAGGAGGUAAGGAAACAUCACUUGAAGGUGUGUGAAAACAUUGUUGAAGAGUCUGUCUGUCCUGCAAGAGUUUGAUAUGAGGAUGCUUUCCUUGUGUUAUAAUUGCUUAAGCAAACCCAAAUCACACUUGCAGUGCUUGUCUGCGUGCUGUGCUUAGUCUAAAGCUUGCGGUCUCUGGUUUAGUUGUUUACAAACGUUUGGAGGCCUGGCUUGUUUUUUUCCAGGAAAGCAUUUGUCUAAAAGAAGUAGCAUUUCUUUUUGGGAACCUGGAAUCAUGUGUCUUGAGAAGUAUCAUCGUUUUGGUUUCACUGACUGUAAAAGUCAUGUUGACGUAACUCAGGAGUAAAACCAUGACACCAUGAGUUGUGUGCUGGGUAUUUUCUGUCCUCUGAAGGAAUUUUUUUUGGCUCAUCCAGAGGGCUCCCAUCUUCUACCCUGAAAGCUUAACCAUUGCUGUCAUUGCUUGAACAUCUGCUACCCAUCCAGUGAUCAUAGUAAAGUCCUUUGCCAGAGCUGCUGAAAGUUAAAUUUCAGCAGAAGGAGGGCAUGUUGCUUGACCCUGAACAGUGUUCUGAAUUUGAAACCAAGCAUCAAACUGCACCUUGCAGAUGGCUGCAUUAUGGACAGCUUUAUUUACUUCUGAACAUCAAAGAGUCUUAUUUUAGUUGGGCAAAUGACAAAUGUUGCUGCUUUCCUAAAAUUAAGAAUUGGAAACAAUUAUUUGCAACUUUUUUUACUGGAUGAAAUUUUCUGCACACAUCUUUUAAAUGCAGAGGCAGCCUGUGCCUUUGCAGACAAGGCUUUGCUGCUUCGAUAGCAACUUAAGGAAAGGAGCAAUUCGAUGAAGGGAGUGACUGCAGAAAAAUAGAUUAAACAGCCUAGUUUGGGAAUGGAAACUGUUCCCUGACUGUCAGGAGGGUGCUGCUAGUGCAUGAUCGUUACUGGUUGUGAAGCAGCCUGUUUGGGACAGUAAACUUGCAAGGGAGAAGAAUUACCAGCUCCUGGGAUGAUAUGUCAGGGAGGGAUUGGUUGGUUGGUUUCAACUGUUUUGUUAAACCAAAGUGGUUGUUUUCAAACCUUGUGUAGAUAGGAAUAGUUUGUAGCAAUUGCCUAACACUCCUGCUAAAAGUCUUUGUGGAAACAAGAAAACUGUGUGUCAGUGUUAUCUUUGAUUAUUCGUCAUAUGGGUCUCAAAUGGUGACUGCUGGUGUGCAAAGCCGUUGGGCGAACAGAGUAAUAUACGCUCAUAUAGUGACGUAUCAAAGAGGGAAUUGUUAUGGGGAAGAAGCAGCAAGUGAAAAUAGACCUCUAGUUCCUUACUGUGGGUGCAUAUCACAAAGGAGGUUGUGAUUAACCACAGAAGCAUUACAGGAGGCAUUUCAUACUGCUGAUGCAAUGGUUGUUACUGCCCAAUAUUAUGACUAAUAAACAAGAGAAGUGAUCUGGAAAGCCUGAGGAGAAGGCGAAGAGCAGAUGACAGCCAAACCUUCCAACAAGGCGACUUCAAAGCAAGCACUGAUGGCAGGGAGAGGUGGCAGGCGAUAUGCAUGGUAAUGAGCUCCAAACAAAGCACAGCCACUGACAGCUUAUCACUGCCAGUUUCAAAAGUAAAGCCAGACAUUUAUCUUGGAGGAGGAGGGCAUGACUGUGGUGGCCUCAUCAGUUUCUCUGCCUGGUAUCCAGACUCCACCAUCUUGUAGUCGUAAGGUCUUUGAUUGUAAGAGGUGUAAAUAACGGUGUGUUUGGUUUUGUUUUUAUUAUAUUGUCGUUGUUUUGUUUGUGUGUGGUGUCUGGUGUUGUUUUUGUUUUGUUUUGUUAUAGAUGUAAUUCUGGAAGGAAAAAACCCCAAACCAACAAGUUCACACUCUUUUGAAAGUCCACAUUGCUCUUGAUGUUAGGCAGUCCCUGACAGACUAUUUUCUCUUAGCCUGGGGUGAUAAGUGUGUUAAAAUGAAAGGUUGAGGAGUAGCUCUCUUUCUGACCUGAUAUCUGUUUAAAUGUGAGAUGUGUAUGGUUUGUUUGAAAAUGAUUUAUGAUUUAAGAAUACCUCUGGAGUUUUUAGUUGAAAAUUUUUCUGUCCUGGACACAGCUUACUUAAUCCAUCGGUUGUCUGCAGCCUACACUGCAUUAGUUGGUCGUAUUUUAGAAACCUUUAUGGAAAACUUCAUGCUUCAAUGGAGCCUCGAAGCUGCAGUAUCUUUCCCUCUGUUAAAAUAAAAUGGAACAGGCAAAAAAGGGAUAAAUAUAUUGUUGGAGACCAUGAAUCACAAUUACUUUACCUCUUUUCCUGCUCUCCUCCUGCAUUUAUGUUGCACUGAUUUUUCCCAGUCUUUCCUCUCCUAUCUAUCCCCUUUGCCGCUGGACCAAGCCAGGGAGCAGUGAGAUGGGCGUGGUGUGUGAGGUGAGGGGAAUGAAUGUGGUGGCAGCUCCUGAAGUUAUUUUUCUGUAGGUUGAAGUAUCCAUCAGCUUUUUACAGUAUACAGUUAGCUAGCCAUUCGUCAGACUUCCCUUUAGAAGCAUCUCUUUAACAACCAGGAUGGAGUUUGUUACUGGGGUUUAUAUUGCGGCAUAAAGUGCCUAAGUCUGGGGUGGCUCUCACUCUUCAACGUGGCAGAAGUCAUUUGCUUAGAAGAAACUGAACUUUGAUUCCACCAGUAUCCUCUCACUGGGCAUAGUGGUUGGUGCCAGUGAUGUUGGGAGUCGUUGGGGUGUUCGCUCGCAGCUUUGCAAGUGGAUGAAUUCUGCAUUUCUAGGAGAAGAGGGGGUUGUAAUUACUUUUUUAAAAAUCACUUGACGAAAUAAUUUAUUUUUAUAGUUUCUUCACAUGCAUAUAUAAUGAUACUUUAAUAUUCAAGUUUCUUGUAAUAGCAUUAGUCUAAUUAACUCAAUUUGAUUUUUCUGACUGUCUUGUAUAAGAAAAAAAACCUAAACAAACAAACAAAUCUUUACUAUAAGGACUUAAACUGAGCUAUGCCAUUCCCAGAAAACAUCCCUAAUAACUUGCAUGUAAAUAUCCAAAGCUGUUGCAGCCUGAGGCCUUUCUUGUAACCCUUAUGCAUUGUGGCAAGCGUGAGCUGAAAUGAACUGCAGCCAGGGAAAGCUCAAAUACAGGAUUUUUUGCUGCUUGUUGUUAUACUAAGUGCCCGAAGAUGUGUCCUUUGACCUGCGUCUUCAUGGCCCUUUUUGGCUCUCAGAAGCAAAAGCAGUUGGUACCUUUUCUGCUCCGACAUUUCCUUUUUUUUUUUUUUAAUUUUUUCUCUCCUCUCCUUUCCUUUGCUUUAGCAGCUGUUCUGCAGGUACAUCCAGAGGCACGGACCCCGAUCACUGCUCCUUGGGGUGGUUUCACAGACAUGAGCAGUUUGGGGGUUUGACAGAGCGCUGCUGGUGAUGGGCUUGGGGUUGCAUACAGCCUUUGCAUUUUAAAAUACAUAAACAGAUUUUGUCUUCUCUUGUUUUCUCUCACCUGAUGUGCAUGCAGUAUCUUAGGAAAAAUCAGAGUCAAUCCCAGUGGACAGUGGAGAAUUAUAUGGUAGUGCUGUGUUUUGGUUUGGGGUUUUGUUGUUGUUUUGCCCCCCUUUUUUUUUUUUUUUUAACCAAUCCAUAGCAUGCAGAUGUAAUUAUGUAAACAGAAAAAGCUACUUGUUAUAUUUGAUUUAACAGGGAGUCCCACUGGGUGCAAAAGACUUUUCUUCCCUUCUGUGCCUCUCCUUUGGAAGAAGCCACACAUUUUAUCCAGGCUGGAAAUAAACCAGCAAUAAAAUGCCAAAGCAGCUCUAAUAGCUCAUGCGAAACGUCCUCCACCAACCUGUCUAUAGAAUUUUUUAAACUCUCCGCACUGUUUCUUGCACAAGUGGAAAGCGCCGGAGGGACAGAUGUUGCCAAUUUGAACUGUACAGGGGGAAGGCAAAUAUUGCUAAGCAACCGUGUGCUUGAGAGAACGUUUUUUCGGAGUGGAGCCAAGGGAGUUAUGCCUGGGAGCACUCACGGCUUCUCAUGGCUUGGUGCGAGGGAAGAGAUUAAAAGUUCUUUCCUGUCGGGGCUGCCACCGCCAGCACAAAAGACACCACAACCUACUGACACUGAUUAGGGCUGACAAGGGAAUGUAUGAAAACAGGAAAUCUCCCCUGCCAUGUAGGAAGGCAGUAAGACAUGUUCACGGAGCAAAACUUCCCCAGUGAUGUCCACUCCAUUGAAGACAUUUUGAAGGAAAUGACCCACUCGUGGCCACCUCCUCUGACAGCUAUUCAUACACCCAGUACAGCAGAGCCCUCCAAAUUUCCAUUCCCAACAAAGGAAUCACAGCAUGUUGGAUCUGUAGCACAGAAUCAGAAACAGUAUGACGCACCUUCAAAAACGUUGCCUAGUUCUCAGCCAAGAACAUCAAUGCUCCAGGACGACCUGCAGCUCAGUGAUAGUGAAGAGAGUGGUGACGACCAAGUUGUUGAAAAGCCACCUUCUUCGUUUCCUCCUCCAAGUGCCCUACAGUCCCAGCCCAAGAGUGUGGCAUCAGCACAUUCCAGCAGCCCAGAGUCAGGGAGCACCAGUGACUCAGACAGCUCUUCAGACUCGGAGACAGAGAGCAGCUCGAGUGAGAGUGAAGCAAACGACCCUCCGAGAGCACCAGCGCCUGAGCCCGACCCACCAACUUCUAAUAAGUGGCAGCUUGACAACUGGCUAACCAAGGUGAACCAACCAGCAGUGCCAACAGAGAGCCUCAAUGAAAUCACCCAUGAGGAUGGAUUUGAAGAGGGCAAGGAGCAGGAACAGGGUGUCAGCAGCAGUUCCUCCCACCAGCACGUCGAGCCGAGGGAGUCUCAUCACAAGAGCUCCAGCCGAGCGGCAAGGGCUCCUCAGGGUGCUCAUCUUCCCACCAAACGCAGCUGCCAGAGGUCUCCUGUGCGCACUGAGGAGCCCUCACCCAGGCAGACUGUGGGUAUCAAAAGACCUGGCAAGGCUCCAGCGCACGAGGGGCCCAAGGGAGGCCUGAAGGUGGAGAGUGAUCCUGGUCCUUUUGAGGUCAAAGACCAGUCUUCCAGAGACAAGCCAAAAGUCAAAACGAAAGGGAAGCCAAAAUCCAGUGACAGAAAAGACUUGAAGCCAGCGCCGAAAGAACCCACUGAGAGCAGAAAGCACAAGAACGUCCAUCAGGCCAAUGCCAAACCCUGCUUGGACCCAAAGCUCGUGAGAGACAUUUUGCUUGGCAGUGCCCAGGAGCAUCUCGCUCUCAGUCCCCUUCCUCAAGAACAGGGCACAACCCCCACUAGGACUAGCAGCCACAGGCCUGCCAUCGUGGCCAGAGAGAAUUUUCACAAGGAAAAACUUCCCUUGCCUACAAAGGAGAAGAAGUUGCUCUCUCCAGUGAGCGAUGCCCCCACCCCUCAGUCCCUCAUGGUGAAAAUAGAUCUCCCUCUCCUGUCCAGAGUCCCCCAGCCCCCUGGGAAAGGCAUUCAUGAGAAGAGAGCAGAGGCCAAGGAGCUCCCUGGUGCAAGGAAGCAGGACUUGGAGAGGAAAAACAUGGACGCUCCUGACAAAUCCCUUCAAAAGAGGAAGAGGGAAAUGGAGAAGGAAACUGAUAGGAAGAAAACGAAAUCAGAAAAAGAAACAAAAUCAUUGCAGUCUUCAGCUAACAAAGACUCCAGUAAAUCAAAAGCACUGAAAGCUUCAUUUGAGACCCAGAAGAAAGAUCUCCUACCCCCGCCACUGCCACCCAUGUCUCCUGCACAUCCUGCACCAAAGUCAACCAAGACUGCUCAAAAGAGACCCCGAAGUGAGAGUGAUGAGCUGCCUACCAUGGAUAACACUGCCAGGAACAAGAGCAACCACAAGGAUCCUUUGUUCUCCAAGCACAAAAAAGUGGAGAGAAAUCACGCUGAACUGUCGAAGGGCAUCAAAGGAUCUGCAGGGGAUGUCACAAGUCCUUUUUCUGUGCCUUCAUUGCCAAAUGGUACCUCCAAGCCAAGGAGACCUCAACUCAAGUUAGAAAAACAGCAUCCAAUGGAAUACUACAUAGAAGAGGCCAAGAGGCUGAAGCACAAAGCUGAUGCCAUGACCGACAAGACUGGAAAGGCCUUUCAGUACCUAGAAGCUGCUCUUUUCUUCAUUGAAUAUGGAAUUGCCAUGGAAUCGGAUGGACCAGCACCAAAAUCAGGUUACAGCAUAUUCAGCGACACCAUAGAUCUCAUCAAAUUCAUCAUGACGUUGAUAUCCUUCACAGACGCCUCAGCAUCUUCACAUGAAAAAAUCUUUGCUGUGUUAUGCAUGCGCUGCCAGUCCAUUCUGCACAUGGCCAUGUUCCGUUACAAAAAGGACACUGCAAUAAAGUAUUCCAGGAUCCUGAAUGACCACUUCAAGAGUUCUUCCAGAGUAACACAAGCACCUUCUCCGUGUGUUGCAAGAAGCACAGGCAUGCCUUCUCCUCUUUCUCCAAUGCCAUCUCCUGCCAGUUCUGCAAGUUCUCAGCCAGGAUCGAACGCUAGCAACUGCAGUGGCAACAGCAUUGGCUCUUCACUCACCAUCCCCUAUACUAUCCCAAGCAUCACCUCUUCCUAUGUAAACAUCACUUCCUAUAUCCUCUAUGCGUAUGAUAUUUGGGAACAGGCUGAUGCACUGGCCAGGAAGAAUAAGGAGUUUUUUGCCGAACUCAGCACAGCGACGUGCACUCUGGCACUGAACAGUAGCAUGACUGAACUGGUACACUAUGUUAGACAGGGUUUACAGUGGCUGAGACUGGAAACAAAUACGCCUUAACUGGUGCUCAAGGUGGUUAAGUACCUUGAACUCUUUUGCACUUUGGAAGCCUCAGAAACAGUCUGACUUGUUGAAUCAUUGGAUACAAAGCACCUGCAAGGGAAUAUAAAUCAAAGUGGAAGGGAUCUGGUUACACUGGAAAAACUUUGAACUGUAUUUUUAGGGUAGCGCUUUGCUGCCUUGAAUAAAGAAGAGAUGGAGGAAAGCCUCAACGUUGAUGGCACCUUCCUUUAAAACGAUGAAGUGCAAUGAACUGUCUCAAUGGCUCAAUGUAUUGAUGGUCUAUAAACAUUUCUAUUACAAAUAACCAGCAGGACAAUAAUCACUCAUGAAGAAGUGCCGACAAGUAGGAAAUCUGCCUCCAGAGGUUAUUAUGCAACAUCCCACAGUCCACAACAGUUGUGUGCCCAGAAGACGUGUCAGAGGAGUGUUUUUUGCAAGCAUGGAUGCAGUCUUCGGUGUUGGGUCUUUGUUCCUCAGAUGGCAAGUAGCAACCUCCUCGGCCCCUCACAGCAUUACGUUACAGUAAAAAAAGUUUAGUGGCCUGCCCUGCCUGCUUUCCAGCUGCACCAUCGUGCGUUUGCCAGCUAGCUGCUGCCCUGAGAAUCGGGUGAAGCCACUGCCUUCAGUGCUGCAAGUUCACUUCUUAAGUCAUCGUUGCUUUGGUCCUUCUCGUCACGCACUCGCAUGUGCCCUUAGCACUCAAACUAUGUUACUUUAGGGUCUUGCUCUGUUUAAGCCUCAUCAGCUGAACACAGUUGGGGUAGCAAAAGCGACUAGGUGUGGCUGGAAACAGCUCUUCCUCUCUUCUGUGUUGGAGGGACCUCACUCUCACUGAGGACACCUUGCCCACUUGCUUUUUAUUGUUACAGUGGGUGGGGGUGGACCGACUGACCUGGGUCACUAUGAUUGCUUGGACAUUAUUUUGAGUCUAAGAGCUUGCAUGGGGAGGAGUCACUUCUGUUUCAGGAGGAACUAAGUGGCUGAAUGUGGAACAUAAGACAAAUUUUGUGUUUGGAUAUUUGCCUGUAGCCACUGCUGGUCUCGGUGAAUAUCUAAGAGCAGGAUUUGGUACCAAAGUAGGGCAUCCUUUGUGUGGGAGAUAACUCAUGUGUUUUUUCUUAACCAAACUACAGGAUGGGCCCAAGUACUUAGAAAUCUGUCAAGGGAACACGAAAGGGAAUAAUUAACUGUUGGCAAGCAUUUUUUUUCCUUUCCAGGAGCUGCAUUUUUGCAAUUUUGCAGCUGACAGUAACGGUGAAGGCGGCAUCCACAGCGAUCAGUCAGAUGACACCCUUCUCUACCCAAAGAUAGCCUGUUGUGUGACAGCAGUGUCCUGCCAUCCUCCUAUCUCAUAGUGUGCCUUAGCCCUCUGGUCCUCUCUUGCAUCCCUCACCCGAUCUCUGACAGACCUGUGGGAGUGGUGAAGGGGAGGAUAGUAUCCCAAAAUAAUUGUGCUUACAGCAAAGAACACAUCUCCUGUGGAUUAGCUCCCUUUUCCACAUAGUUUCAGGAUGGAGGAACAGGUCUGCAUGCAUGCAGCAGUACCCCCUUUGUAGGACACACGCUUGUGGUUUUGAGGCUCACAAAAAUUGACAAAUAUCAGCAAAAAGGUCUGCAUUUCCAAACAUAGUUUCUGUAGAAACGGCGCCUGCCACGGGAAAGCCUGGAGGCCUCCUGUGCCUGGGAGGAGCCUGUGGCUCUGCCCCAGCCCCCAGCACAUGGGAGCUCCCCCCUCACCUCCCCUGGCAGUGAAGGGUGCCCGGGAUCCCCACUGGGUCUUCCCCACACCUUCAAGGGACUGUUCUUUUAUGUUCACUUUAUUGAAAGCCUUAGUGCAUUUCAGGGAUAAGCUGCCCUAACCAGUGGAAGGAAGGUCCAUGUGCCCCCCCGCUCCCCGUUUUACCUAUCGAACUUCACUUGGACUCCUCCUUGCUGGAGGAGCGACUGCUCACAGUAAGGCAGGGGCAGAGCGUUGGCUGUUGGCUCAGCAUUGGCUGUUUUGUUCUCAGGAAGUGUGAGGAUGGCCAGCCGGCCUCAGGGCCUCACAUGCACUUUGGAGCUUGAUUCCAGACUGGUGGGUCAGUGCCUUCUUCUGGCUUUGUCUUCAAACAAAGUUUAGUUUUAGGAUCACAAGCCAAGGAGGAGGAAGAAGGAAGAAAGCUUUUCUUGAACCUGAAAACCCACGAGGGUGUCUGAGAACCGUAGCAGAGCAUUAGGGGUGAGUGCGAGGUGAAGCAGGGACACGAGUAUCCCCAGUACUUGCAUUUCACAUAUGCACACCUCCCUCCGUGCUGCCAGCCCGUGGGUGCACCGGCUCCUGCCCUCGCCAGCACUUUGCUGCCCAGGUAGUGAUAAUCUCUUGCCCUGUUCCUAGGAAAGCUCCUGCAAGGAUGUUGGCCGAGCACAGUCGGUAAGAAGACACCCAAGGAAGGCAAGUGGACUAGUGGCAUUUGCUGCUUUUCAGUUGGGAAAAGGCAGCAUGCGUUUUGCUGUCAUGCAAGGGCUGCUCCCGCGCCAAGGGCAAAACUCCCCCAAGCCUAGGAGGAAAUGAGGUCACAGGCAGGUCGGGAGUGAUUUGGGGGCUCCUCUCAUUUCAAAAACCGGGAGUGGUCUGUGGGAGCAUCAGUACCAAACUACACAACAGGAAGCUCUGUUUUGUUUCAGGUCAUGCAGAAAGCUGUUUAAGUAAUAGGUUGGGGGUUUUUUGGUUGGUUGCUUUUUGUGGGUUUUUUUUUGUUUUGUUUUGUUUUUGUUUUUGUUUUUUAAAAAAGCCAUCAUAUUUCAGCCUUGAACCAGGUGAGAGGCCUGCAGAGGGUUAGGAAAGAUGCUCAUUGUUUUCACUUGGGCCUGUUCAGGCCUUUCAAAUAAAAACCAAACAAAAAUAGACAAACCAAACCAAAAUGUAGCAGUGGAGGAAACAGCAUUUGCCAUUAGGAAACAAAACCAUGAAUCCAAGGAAAAACUGAGAGGAUGGUGAAGUCCCAGGAGAGGAGGCAGCUAUGGUGGCAAAGUAGCAUCAUUUCCAUGCAAUAUUUAUUUAGAAGAAAUAAUACAUGUAUUGAAAUUGUCAAAUGUUCUAUUUUUAAGAUGCCAUUUAUUUAAUAGUUGAAAACCCCACGUACAUGGCGAUAGAGAUCUCUUCUGUAACUGAAAGUCAAAGUCUGACUGCAAUGUCCUUGUUUUUGGUUUUGUCCUCUCCCAUCCCUCUUGGUUCCCAUUAUAAAUCCGUACAUCUUAAACUUAUUUUGGGGGUGUAUGUCCCUCUUGUAAAUAACUUUUUCUUCCCUGUGUGUGAUGGAGCUUCCGAGAUGGGUGAUUCAUUCAUAUGGGGAAAUAAACGAUAAAUGAAGUAACCGA